CAGGAAAACACUUUGUUUACCAUUUUUAAAUAUGACACAUCCUGCGCUGUUGUCAAUAUUAUACUCCGAUCACAUCAUAUCUAAAAGGAAAAAAUAUAAAUUGCAUUUUAGCAAGCUUUAAUGAUCAGUGGUUUUUGAAAAAGGGUUAGUAAUUAUAAUUUGGUAAAAGGAAAUCUUCGACAGGAGCGAUUAUUUUGCACACAUUUGGGACUGAGUUUUACAUUGUUGAGGUAUGGUCUGACUGCUGUUGUACUAGUAAAGAUGCACAGCCGUCUUCAGGAGUUGAAGAAAGAAGAGGAGACCCUCCUCAAAAUAAAAGUCAUGCUACAAGACCAGCUCAACAGGCUGAAGUUUGAAGAGGGUGCCUUGAAAUCGAUUAUUAAUGCUCAAACAGUUGAAGGUGCUGCUGAACAGUCUUCCCCACAAACUGAGAUUCAUGUUAACCUUGACGAUGAGAGCGAGAUCAAUCAAACCAAACUUCUACUAAAUGCUGCUGUAGAUUAUGAUAUGGAAGAGGAGGAGGAAGAUGAGGAUGAAGAUGAGGAUGAAGAUGAGGACGAUGACGAAGAUGACGACAAUGAGCUUGAGUUUGUGCCUGAGGGAGACGAAGAAGAAGAUUACUACGAUUAGUUUUUUGGACUUUAGUAUUUGAACCAUAAGACAAGAAGCCCUGUUUACCUGUUCACCUGUUUGUAACUAUUUGAGGUUUAAUUUAUUUGGAUGGAGUGCCAUUUGCAGUCUAAAAAUGUGUGGUGCUAACAAUAUCCUCUUCUCUGCCAGAUAUAAGGUACAGUUUCAACCAGCUUUAGAUUUCAUGUGUCAAACUUUGUGAAAUGCAGUACAGCAGUAUUAUUAGGUUCUGAGCAGAAAUUUACUGGAGAAAACUUCAAAACUAGAUUUUGAGUUGUGUCUAUUAGUAUAAAAUUUAUGGCUGGGCCAUAUAUGAAGACAGCGUUUGGAUUCUGUAUGAGAUGUUAACUGAAAGCACAAAAUAAAAUGUUUUGCAUAUGA